AUGGUUGGGGGUGGGCGUCAUGCCACGUUUGCGCUAGUGGCCUGUGCUAGAGAAUGGGGGGGGGGGUUUAGUGUUGACCCCACCGACUACCGCACUAACGAUCGCGGAGACAACUGGUUGGGCGUGUGGGCCAAGGGUGGGGGGGGGGGGGUAGGGACUGUUGCGCAGAAAGGGGGGGUUGAUAUGUGGGGGGUGUGGUUGCCCUUAUUGGGUAUAAGAGGGCUUUUUGAGUGGGGGGGUUUGGGUGGGGGAAAGGUGGUGUGUUUGGGUUACUCCACCAAGAGUAGUAGUGGGGGGUUUUUGGAGUGUCGGGGGUGGUGGUUUGGGUUGUGGGGUGUUGCCUCCCCCAGGGACCCAGAUGUCCAAUGA